CAGUUCCGUUUAUGGUCUGAUUUCCGGCCGCUCGCCUGCUCGCCCGGCCGCCCGCCAGUCCCGCUCCCUCCCUCCCGGGGACCCGGAGGAGAGGGGACCAUGCCCGAGCCCGGGCCCGACACCCCCGGCACCGCCAGCGCGCAGCCCCCGCCGCCGCCGCCGGCGCCCCCGCUCGCCGCACCCAAGGAGUCCCCGUUCUCCAUCAAGAACCUGCUCAACGGAGACCACCACCGACCGCCCCCUAAACCGCAGCCGCCCCCACGGACGCUCUUCGCGCCGGCCUCGGCCGCCGCCGCCGCUGCAGCCGCCGCCGCCGCCGCAGCAGCCAAGGGGGCCCUGGAGGGCGCAGCGGGCUUCGCGCUCUCGCAGGUGGGCGACCUGGCUUUUCCCCGCUUUGAGAUCCCGGCGCAGAGGUUUACCCUGCCUGCGCACUACCUGGAGCGGUCCCCGGCCUGGUGGUACCCCUACACCCUGACCCCCGCUGGCGGCCAUCUCCCACGACCUGAAGCCUCCGACAAGGCCCUCCUACGAGACUCCUCCCCCGCCUCGGGCACCGACCGCGACUCCCCCGAGCCGCUGCUCAAGGCAGACCCCGACCACAAGGAGCUGGACUCCAAGAGCCCCGACGAGAUCAUUCUGGAGGAGAGCGACUCGGAGGAGGGCAAGAAGGAGGGCGAGGCGGCGUCCGGCGGCGGCGGAGCCGGGGCGAGUGUAGGGACGGCAGCUGCGACGGCGGCGGCGACGCCGGGCGCCGAGGACUGGAAGAAGGGCGCGGAGAGCCCGGAGAAGAAGCCCGCGUGCCGCAAGAAGAAGACGCGCACGGUCUUCUCGCGCAGCCAGGUCUUCCAACUCGAGUCCACCUUCGACAUGAAGCGCUACCUGAGCAGCUCGGAGCGCGCCGGCCUGGCAGCGUCGCUGCACCUCACCGAGACGCAGGUCAAGAUCUGGUUCCAGAACCGGCGCAACAAGUGGAAGCGGCAGCUGGCCGCCGAGCUGGAGGCGGCCAACCUGAGUCACGCCGCGGCGCAGCGCAUCGUGCGGGUGCCCAUCCUCUACCACGAGAACUCGGCGGCCGAGGGCGCGGCGGCCGCGGGGGCCCCGGUGCCGGUCAGCCAGCCGCUGCUCACCUUCCCGCACCCUGUCUACUACUCGCACCCGGUGGUCUCGUCCGUGCCUCUGCUCCGGCCGGUCUGAGGCCCGAGAGAGGGGAGGGAGAGGGAGCGCCCGGCCCCCUUCCCGGACCCCGGAGGAGACCUGGCCGGGCCCAGGGCGCCAAGACGUCCAGCGGCCUUCGGGACCGGGGCUUGGACCGCGCCGCCCCGGCCUCCCCUCUCCCAACCGGUAGCGUUUUGUAAGUAUUGGCAAUGCAUUUCCGUGCAAUUCGUCCCUAAAGGAUUUGAGGCGCUUCUCCUCUUACUUUUGAUUUCGAUUUCUGUGACGAGAAAGCGGCAGGAAAUACGGCAUUCCCGGAGUGGAUGUUUCUGCUGAAAGCCUUGGUACCAUGUGCCCCUGCCCCCACACCCUCACCCCUAAAAUGGCACUAUGCUGUGGCUUUUUGUAUUUUUAUCUUUACAGAAGGAAAUAAGCAUAGCUCCCUAUCCCUCUGGGUUAUCCAUUUUCUGCAGAACGG